CCCAACCGGACAAGGUUUAGCAAAGGGCUUUCCUCGCUGCUCCGCUCCGUCGGCAAACAACCACGGCGAUCCGUCCGGCGGCGGCAACGAUGGCGCUCUCCUCCUCCCGUCCGCACCACAUCCUGCGCCACCUCCUCCGCAGCUUCCACGCCUCCGCGCAGUCCCUGGUGAGGGUGGACCCGCACGAGCACUCGAAGCCGAGUGGGUUCCUCGGGAGCUGGGAGCCCGAGGCGGCGCGCGACCCGCGGGAGGCGUGGGCGCGGCUCGAACGGCUGCGCAAGGGGUACGCGCGCGACGUGCGUGAUCUGCGGCGGCAGUACGCCUACGAGGUGCAGCUGUCGGAGGCCGAGCGGCAGCGCAAGGCGGAGGCCCGCGCCGAGGCCGCCCGCAUCGCCAACGAGGAGCGCAAGGCCGCCAAGGCCGCCGCGGCGCAGACACGGGCGGCCGAGCGGCGCGCCUUCGAGCUCGAUUUCCGCCAGGCCCUCAUGAAAGAAAGAGCUCAGAAGCUGGAGAGCUGGAGGGAGAAGGAGAAGCUCAAAGCUCAGAAGAAAGCUGAGCACAGGGAGCUCUUGCGCAAACAGAGUUCUCUGUGGGUUGCUGAGGACAAAAUGGAAAAGAAAAUUCUUGAGGCUAUCCUGCAUACCACGCCUCUUUGAGGUUGAUGCUCUGAGGGAGCUAGGUACCGUAUCCUGGUAAAAGCAUGGAGCAUGAACAGAUGGAACCUUCUUUGCAGUUUCCUCCUAGAACUAUAUUACGGCUGUCUAAUCAAUAAUGACCAACCUCGAAAUUCAGCUGUAAACUCAUGUGUCGAUUUGUUAGACCUGAUGUAACAUGACGAUAAAGUCUGGUUUAUCCGCAUUGUUCCCUAGAGAGAUUAGACCCUCCUAAUAUUUUAUCCUGAAAUUACAUUCUCGUGCAGUUGGCUUAGAAAACAGUCCCCUAUUGAUCUCCUGAUCACAGAAUGCAGUUUUCACUUGUCAUUUUCA